GGAAUACGAUGAGUGAGAUAGGUAGGUGGCAGGUAUAAGAAUGGUCGAUCUCCGUUUCUGGAGUUGCGUACGCUCGAUAUCUUUUUUUCCCAGACCAAAUCAUAUUCAAUCGUUUAUCUUGCAGUUAAUCUUUGACCUGCCUUAUCCAUUCAAUUGCAUUCACAGUCCCCGCUUUGCUGCAGGUCUAUCUGUGAAGCCGUUUCAUCUUCGUCUGAGUCCUGAGCAUUUUUUCUUCGAGGAGGGCCAGUGCCUUUGGUUGCAUCUUUGUGGGGUAAAGUCUAGAUUGGUAACGAUUUACUUGGGAGAUUAUCCGUACGACUCUUUUCUUUGUUUUGUUGAGGGAGGGCAAGAGUAUAGAUAUAAGAGACAUCCGCUUUGGGGUUUCUUUCGUCUUGGUAUACCUCAACUUCAUUUCAUAAUCCCACAUCCGGAUUUCGUUUCGUUCAUUGCUCGACGCGAUCGAAACGUUUGAUAGUUUGAAAACAUACGGAUUAUCCACCUAUCAAGGAUAUUUUUCUAUAAUAUCUCGAACAUAUAUAUUCACACCAAUCCUCUCACAUAUACGAGUCUUCGACUUCAGACCUCAAGAUGUAUUUCUCGUCGACCUUUCUCUUCGUGACAGCUGCUGUACUCAGUACCUUUUCACUCGUUACAGCCAGGCCAAUGCCUUGCAGCGAUGCAACAAGAGAUCUUGUACUCAGAGGAACCUUAGAUCCAAGCGCAUGUUGUAGUUAUGGUGUAUGUAAGGGGCUUGUAAAUGUCCAAGGUGGUUGAGCGAACUUUACCUUUAAUUGUACGAAGGGGAUAUGAUGAAUGAAAAGGGACGUCACUAUCGUCAUUUCGAGGGAUAUUGAGGCACAACCCGUUGUCGGAUUGAAUAUUUGGGGUGUUACAUCGGCGUUCAUUACACAACUUCACAGUCUACACAAUAAGAUUGGAUUUUUGUUAGGUGUUCAUGGCUAUGAUCACCUGUUGGGUUACAAGGUCGCCACGAGAAUAAAUACCGGCGAGCGGCCAUCGGAGUUGUAGGAAUGGAAUUGGGAGUCGGUUUUACACAACGGAACACUCGACAAUAGUUCGUGGAAUCCGGUGAUGGAUAUAUGGGUUUGUGGUAUCAAUUACCCCGGGUUGUAUGCAGAGUUUAAUACAUAUGCAUCGUUUAUAAGAAGUUUUUGAUGAAGGAACGAAAGUUCUCGUGCCUCUCACCUUUAAUCUCGCGCAAUGUCUUGUUUUGUUGUCCCCUGCAUAUCUACUUGGGUAUAUAAAGCCUGCCACCGCCGUCAACGACUAUGAACCUAUCGUGUGAUCAGUAUCAGUUACAUUGUAAUAAUACGUUGCCA